UCCCCAUGGCAGCUCUCUAUGGCCGUUGCCUGUGGCACGGCGUCUGUUUACUUCCGGCAGCCGCCGUGCAUGGGGCGCCUGCCGCCUGCUGCUAUGGCCGAGCUCGUUGAGGAGGACGAGCUGCCGGUGCCCGAAUCAGGUGCUGUUUUCACAUUUGGAAAAAGCAAAUUUGCAGAAGAUAUUCCCAGCAAGUUCUGGUUCAAAAAUGACAAGCCUGUACUUAUAUCAUGUGGAGAUGAACAUACCGCUAUUGUUACAGGGAAUGGUAAACUAUACAUGUUUGGUAGUAACAACUGGGGACAGUUAGGACUAGGAUCAAAGAGCACUGUCAGCAAACCAACAUGUGUUAAAGCAUUAAAACCAGAAAAAACAAAACUUGCCGUUUGUGGAAGAAACCACACUUUAGUUUACACAGAAAAAGGAAAUGUUUAUGCUGCUGGAGGUAACAGUGAAGGUCAGUUGGGAUUAGGUGACACAGAAGAAAGGACCACAUUUCAUUUAAUUAGAUUUUUUACCAACCAGCACAAGAUCAAACAGCUAGCAGCUGGAUCAUACACCUCAGCAGCAGUAACUGAGGAUGGGCAGCUUUUUGUGUGGGGUGACAAUUCAGAAGGUCAGAUUGGCUUGGCUGAUGAAGCCUGUGUCAGCAUCCCAUGUCAAGUGGAUGUUGGAAAACCUGUUUCUUCUGUAUCCUGUGGAUAUUAUCACUCUGCCUUGAUAACAGGAGAUGGUGAGCUGUAUACUUUUGGAGAACCUGAGAAUGGGAAACUGGGAUUAAUGCCUGAACAACUGAAGAACAAUAGAGUCCCACAGCCUGUAAUGGGAAUUGUGGAAAAGGUUAAUAAGGUUGCUUGUGGUGGAGAACAUACUGUGGUGCUUACAGAGACAAAUGUAUAUACUUUUGGACUUGGACAACAUGGGCAGCUGGGACAUGGUACUUUUAUUUUUGAAACUUCAGUACCGAAGUCUGUGAAACACUUGAGGAGGUAUAAAAUAUGUAACAUUACAUGUGGGGAAAAUCAUACUGCUGUAAUAGCAGAGAAUGGCCUCAUGUUUACUUUUGGAGAUGGGCGACACGGCAAGUUAGGCCUUGGAGAAGAGAAUUUUACAAAUCAGUUUGACCCCACUCUGUGUUAUAAUUUCUUGAAGUUCACAGUCCUUUUGGUUGCAUGUGGUGGUUGUCACAUGCUAGUUUUUGCUGCUCCAAGACCUAAAGGAUUUGAAGAAGUGCUCUUAGAAGAUUUACAUGAAAGCUCUUUGACUGCUACAAUCUCUAAAAUAAGUGGAGAUUUACUACUAACAAACACCUUACAACUAACAUCAGCACGAAUGCGACGUCGAGAGAGGGAAAAGUCACCAGAGCAGUUUAGUCGAAUGACACAAACUCUGCCUCCACUAGGAGAAAGCUUCUUAAAAUCUUCACUACCUGUGACAAGCAAGACUAGUCCAUUCUGGUUUUCUGCAACAGAUCUUCCUAAAGCUGAACUUAGGAAGCACAGGCGCCAUAAAAAAGUAAAGAAAAAGAAUCAUCAGAAGGAUAAACCCGGUGAACGCUCUGCAGAAGAAGAUUCAGAUAAUGAAAAUAAUGACAGAAACCUUGGAGAUACAACUGACAUCCUAAAUAUGACACAUGUAAUGAAAUUGAAUCCCAGUGACCAGUCCUUGAAAUUAUCACCACUCCAGAAACAAAAGAAGAACAAUAAAAAUGUGAAACUGAAAAGAGAUGGUAAGGGUGGGCUGAAAAACAAAGAUUCUGAUUUAGUGAAGGAAGGGUCAAAAUUAGACUCUGGCUCUUUACAAAAGCAGUCUUCACUUUCAGAGUUACCAGGGCAAGACUUGGAAAAAAGUAGUGCCUUUGUGGGGAAGCCAGUGGCCAAAAAAAAUACAAUGGAAGGUAAAUCUGGGAAUGCACAAACUGUUGGUACUUUGAAAAGUGGUGUUCAACAAAUCAGUAGGGACAAACACAGAUUGGUGAAAAGGGAAAAAGCAUAUGCGGAAAAUCAUGAACUUGUCAGAGAGGAUCUUCCCACUGAAAAGCAAAUUCUGACUGAAGGAACAAAUUCUUCCUAUAACAAGUCAAAAGCUAUUAAAUCUAAGCAAUUCCUAAAAAUCAGUGUACUUCCUCCUGCAUCCAGAGAUCAGCCCCAGACUGAUUCAGUAGUUGCACAAAAAUACUGCUCUGUUAAAAAGCAAGGAAGUCAAGAAGCAAUAGAAAGUGAAAACAGAAUAAAGGAUGUUGUUGGAAAAUCUGAUAAAUGUGAAAGAAUAUGUGUCAGAGGAGAAGGAAACAGUGAAAAGCAGAGAGGGUUUAAAAAGAAUGUUCAUUUUUUGAAACAAAUAUCUGUGUCAUCAUUUUCAACUGAGGAAAAUAGUAAUGAUCUUGCAAAAUUUGUACUUAAAAGGAGGGAAAAAGAUGAGAAAUACUAUGAAGGCAGGAAGGUCCAGAAGGCCAUUAAAACAAUAAAAGAUGUGAAAGAUUUGAACUUAGAAGAUAAUGAGAUUGAGGAGAUGCAAGCUGCAAACAGUGAGAAAGAAUAUGUAGAAGAGACUUAUAUAAAAAGCUUGAAUGAGGAAGAAACAAACUCUGAAGGUAAAUCUGAUGAAGGCAGACAGUUAGAAAUCAAGAAUGAGAAGGAAUCUAAUCAAGAGCAGGAGAGUGAAAGCAGUGAAAAGGAUGAAAGUGAAAAAGAAAAACUAGAUGAAACAAUUGAGAGUGAAGAAGAAGAGAGUGAGGUUAAAAAAGAUGGAGAUGAAGUUUCAGUAGAAGGAGAUGAAGAGGAAAAACAUAAUGAGGAAGAAAAUGAAAGAGAGGAAUCACAGGCUGAAAAAGACAGUGAGAACGAGGUUGCAGAAGAAAUGGAACAGAUUAAUCAGGAAGGUGGCAAAGAGCAAGGAGAUGAGGAAUGGAGGUUGAUAGAGGAAGAAAUGCUGAGAGAGGGGGAAAAGGAGGAUAUGGAAGAGGAGUAUACUAAAGUGGAAGACACCAAAAAAGAAAAGGAAGAACAGGUUAGAAGUGUGGGAAGAGAUGAGAGUGAGGAAGGAGAUGAAGACAGAGAGGCAGGGGAAGAAAAAGAGGUAGAGGCAGAAGAGGAAGAAGAUGAAAAGGAAAAUGAAGAUGAAAACAAAGAAAGUGAGAAUGAAAAAGACAAAGAGGGUGAAAGGGAGGAAUUAGAAGAAUCAUUGGCAGGGAGGGAAGAAGUAUCUGAAGAACAGGAAGAGAAAGAUGCAAAUAAGAGGACUAAGGAGGUAGGGGAGGAUGAAGUGGAAGACAAAACAGGAGAUAAGGAAGAGGAAGGAGCAGAGACAGAAACAGAAGGGGAGGAUAGAGAAGAAGAUGAAAAUGAGGAGUGGGAAAAUGAAGAAGUGGAAGAAGAAGAUGAGGAAGCGGAAGGGGAGGAAGAAAAUGAGGAAGUGGAAGGGGAGGAAGAAGAAGAGGGAGAAGGGGGAGUUGAAGAAGAGGGAGAAGGGGGAGUUGAAGAAGAUGAGGGAGAAGGAAGCAUGGAAGAAGAAGAGGAAGAAGGGGGAGUUGAAGAAGAUGAGGGAGAAGGAAGCAUGGAAGAAGAAGAGGAAGAAGGGGGGGUGGAAGAAGAAGAGGGAGAAGAGGGGGUGGAAGAAGAAGAGGGAGAAGAGGGAAUGGGAAAAGAAGAAGGAGAAGAGAGGGUGGAAGAAGAGGGAAUGGAAGAAGAAGAAGAAGAGGGGGUGGAAGAAGAAGAGGGAGAAGAGGGAGUGGAAGAAGAGGGAGUGGAAGAAGAGGGAGUGGAAGAAGAGGGAGAAGAGGGAGUGGAAGAAGAGGGAGAAGAGGGAGUGGAAGAAGAGGGAGAAGAGGGAGUGGAAGAAGAGGAAGAAGAGGAAAAAGAGGAAGAGGAAGAAGAAGGGGAAGGAGAAGAAAAAGGAGAAGAGGAAGAGGAGGAACAAGAAGAAGAGGAAGGGGAUGUGGGAGAGGAGGAUGAGGGAGAAGAGGAAGAAGAGGAAGAGGAGGAUGAGGGAGAAGAGGAAGAAGGAGAGGAAGAGGAAAAGGCAAAAGCUAAAAGAAUAAAUUAUAGUAAUAAGCUUCCACAAAAGAAAAACAAAACCAGGACGCCAGAGAAGACAGAAAAUAGUGCUUUACCAAAUAGCUCUAAACAAAAAAUGAAGUCCAAACAGCAUGUAGCAAAUGGUUUACAUAAUUCAGAACAAUUUUGGAACAAUGUACUACCUCAUUAUUUAACGCUGAAGUAGCAUAAACUACUGGAGAUGCAUUUUAAGCCUAUUCAGAAAACUUUGGAAAUAUGGCAGAUUGAUUUUUAUUACUUAAAAAAAAAUAAUGUAGUCAAAAUACAUUAUUAUACAUCUACUUUAAGUGCCAAUUUAUCGAAAAAAAGACUGAAGAAAAUGUUUAGAUUUGGGAAGCUUUUGUGAGAGAAAUCAUAAAUGGUUGAUACAGUUACACAAUCUUUAACACAUAUGAUUUAAAAAAAUAAUUGCUGAGGAGGCAAAGUGUGUUUGCCUCUUAAAUCAUAAUGUCAUGCUGGCAACAUGAAUUAUACAUUGUAACAGUGACAUUGGAACAUUCAAUUGCCUUUGGAUCAGAUUUCUUAAGGUGAUGUAUCGGUUUUAGUUGCAGAAUAGUCUACAUGUUAAUGUCUUUU